AUGGUCAAGAAGAGAGCCUCCAACGGUCGCAACAAGAAGGGUCGUGGCCACGUCAAGCCCGUCCGCUGCUCCAACUGCUCGCGAUGCGUUCCUAAGGACAAGGCCGUCAAGAGAUUCACUAUCCGCAACAUGGUCGAGUCCGCCGCUAUCCGUACGUCGAUUCCGCCAGACUUGCACUUCCUACGAGCACUUCCAUCGACCUCUCCCUCCAACCACUCUCCGCCUCUGGUCUUCCCUCGAACACAACGACUAAUACAACAUCUGCAGGUNGAUAUCUCGGAUGCCUCCGUCUUCGCCGAGUACGCCGUCCCCAAGAUGUACCUGAAGCUCCAGUACUGCGUCUCGUGCGCCAUCCACGGCAAGAUCGUUCGGUAUGCCUCACCCUCCUGGACACACCACCCUACAUGGGCGCGCUCCACAACCACUCGCUCGACGCGCACACGGAAGACUAACACACUGCAGNNUGUCCGUUCCCGCGAGGGCCGCCGCAACCGUGCCCCUCCCCCGCGUGUUCGCUUCAACAAGGACGGCAAGAAGAUCAACCCCCAGCAGGCCGGCAAGAUCCCUGGUGCCCAGGCAUAA